CUUCCCGCAAACCACCAUGGCCUCAGCGCAGGUCAAAGCGCCGACUAUCCUCGAGAAAAUCUACGCGCAGCGUCAACAAGACGUCACCGUCGCGCAAGCCACACCCGGCACCUCCUUCGCCGACCUCGACACCUACCUCGCGAUGGGUCUGGCACCGGCCCUCAUCCCUCUCAUUCCUCGCCUCAAGCGCAACCCAUCCACACUCUCGUCGAUCCCGGGGGUCUCUCUCAUGGCAGAGAUCAAACGCGCGAGCCCGAGCAAAGGCGACAUCGCGCUCACCGCCAACGCGCCGCGCCAGGCGCGCGCGUACGCCCAAGCGGGCGCGAGCGUCAUCUCGGUUCUGACGGAGCCCAACUGGUUCAAGGGCUCGCUCCUCGACCUCCGCCUCGCGCGCCAGGCCGUCGACGACCUCGGGCCGGACAGGCCCGCGCUCCUGCGGAAGGAGUUCAUCUUUUCCGAGUACCAGAUCGCCGAGGCGCGCCUGUGGGGCGCCGACACCGUCCUCCUCAUCGUCGCGAUGCUCGCGCCCGAGCUCCUCGAACGCCUAUACGCAUACUCUGUCUCGCUCGGGAUGGAGCCGCUCGUGGAGGUCAACAACGCGGACGAGAUGCAGCGCACGCUCACGCUCGGCGCGAAGGUGAUCGGUGUGAACAACCGGAACCUGCACGACUUCAACGUCGACAUGGGAACGACGAGCCGUCUAGUUGACAUGGUCAAGGGGCGCGAGGUCGUGUUCUGCGCGCUAAGCGGUAUUUCGGGCCCGGAGGACGUGAGCGUGUACAAGGAGCAGGGCGUGCAUGCGGUAUUGGUCGGGGAGGCUCUCAUGAGGGCGGAGAACACGAGCGAGCUCAUACGACAGCUACUCGAUUGGCCGACGGACGCGUAGUUAUAUAAUCGGAGGAGAAGCGCGCUCUCUUCUCCGGGCCCAUAGACGAGAACGUUGCUGUGUCCGGCAGGUCCAGGAUUGGAUGCACAAGAACUUCUCAGUACGCCGUACAUCUCUGCAUCAAUUACUCCUGCUGUCUACAGGGACGGAGCCGUAUCCGGCGACAGGAACUGAUGUGAGGACACUCAGCGAUUCUGGCGUCAUUUGAUGCAAGAUGCCCAAUCCCGCGCGCCCUCCUCUCCCUCUUCCACCCAUCAUCGGAAGGCAUACGCCCGAAUAUCGUGCAUACGCAGACUAAUUAUCUCGCGUAACCAGGGCCUCGUGAGUCCGCGUUGGCUCAGGUACUACCACCAUCUCCGACCAAAUACGUGCAGCAUCCACCCGUAUCUCCAGGUCGGAAUAAGAUCAAGAGUAGCCGUGAGCAAAUCAUGUCCUCCACAACUGGAAACAUUCUGUUGUUGGAAGACACGGGAGGCUAGUAUACUGUACGAGACAAUAAUCUAGCUGAUAAAAUACGACCGGGAAACAAA